GGUUUAGAAAUGUGGCAACAUAUUUUGUAUGUUUGACACAUACAGAAGCAUCUUCAGACGGAGAAUCAUGUCUUUGGAGAGCGUUAGGAUGGUAAAUACAUUUCGGGAGGCCGGGAGAAGCUGAAGAAAUUUUAAGCAAGCAGACUGAAUUUGUUCCUGACACAGGUGGAUGAUUGUUGGAUUCGAAACGUCUGGAGAAAAACACAAAACGCGGAUGUAAAUGAGAAUUAUCGUCAGAACUAAUAAACUGACUUAAAUGGGAAAAGGAAAUUAGCUGAAGGUCUUCAUAUUCAGUCUAAUUUUGCUUCAGAAUCAGAGACUGACGAAUUGGCUCGUUAGCUAGCUAGUUAACAAGCUAACUAGCUCGAGCUUCCUUCAGGAUAUUAUAGGGAUGCUCGGACGCCUUAGCGUUAAAUCAAUGUUAAUAUUGCCAAACAUGUUAUUGUCAGUCAGCAAGCAUUGGCAUGCUUUACUACAUGGAGUUCAGCGUUGCUAGCUAACUAAAUUAGCAAGUUAGCUAUUUAUUUACUCGAAGGUUGGCGUAUUAUAAUCCACUGUCAAGUUAAACACAUCUCGCAUUGGCUAAAAGCUAGCUAGCUGGUUAAACGUUGGUGAUAUUAUUGCAUCCAAUUUAUAGCAUGAAUCCCAUGUUCUGCUUAUUUUCAGACUGAAGUGUUUGGCAGUCAGCUGUAUUAGCAAGACGAUGCUUGACAACAACCGGGGCAACUGACAGCUAAAAUUAGUCCGUCCCAAUGAUGCUGGAGAUGGGGACAGUGAAUUUAUGUUUUAGAUAGCACGCCGUGUUUAUCAUUUGCUUCCGUUUUCCUUGAUCAGGUUUGACCAUUUUCUAUCAAGCUAAACUGAUCAAUUCCCUUACUAUCACAGGAACUCAUCUUUUUGUGUGUGAUGUCACUUCAUAUUUUCUUGUAAUAUCAUAGUCCUCGUAUGACAUUGGCAUGGAAUUAGAAUGCUAACUAUUAGAAUGGAGUAAUUUAAUAGGAUCGAAAUGGACAUUAGCAUGUUGCCCCAGUAAUAGUUUGGUUCUUAGAACAUUUCUAUUUAGUCUGUGCUAUUUUGCUAAGCCACAUGUCACAAAUGAAUGUUGCAUUCUAAAGUAUACAUCAAAGUUCAUAAUUCUAUGGAAUGAAUUAUACGUUUUUCUUAAAAUGCACAUUGGAUUAGUUGACAACAUUUAAAAAAUGCAGGGUUAGUCACUGUAAAUGCAUGAGUAGUGGAUAAUUUAAGGCAACAUCAACAAUUAUGGGAAGUAGACAAAUCAAUGAAUAUAGGGAGUGCACUGGUUAUAAGCACUAAGGUGUUUACACAGUGCUGAGAUGUCAUAAAUUCAGAGCUAGACAGGCAGGUUUUUAUUUACCAUCAUGCAAAAUUUGCCUAUGGAUCUAAUCAAGGAUGUCAACUACCAUGUGUAGAAUAACAAUAUUGAAAUUGAGAAAGAAUUGGAUUUUGACUUUCAUGUAAGAGGAAUUAUAAGCUUUCUCAAAUUUGCUCAGGAAUUAUCUACUUAAAUGGAACAGACUCUGAUGUCUAGCCCUCUGGGGCAUUCUGAGUGGGAUCCAGAAGGCACAAGCUCCCAUGGAUUCAUCCUCUUGGAUUCAGAUAAAGGAGCCAUAAUGCCUCAGAGAAAAGGUGGUCAGACAGCUUUGGAUUUCCAGAAGGUUGACCAGGAUGUAUCUCUAUGCCUGGAAGAGCUUUUCCAGGAGAACGCCUUAAAUUUAGACAGUCUUUUCAGGACCUCCAGUUACUCUGGUGGAGACAAGAUUUUGCCAUGGGAGGGAGAUCAAUCUAAUCAUUCCCAAGAUGUUCCCCUGGACAAACCUUCAGAGUUAUCGCCUCUCAAAGACAAAAUUGAGGAACACAACAAUGUAAGUGACAGUCCUCUACCCUGGCUGUUAUUCUCCAAAACCACUGAUUUGCUCAGGGACAACUCGGUGUGCGAGGAACUAAAUUCCCUGCAAGAUCCACCUGUGAGUUACACAGACUCUGUUAACAGUCACAAGGAGCUGAUAACCCUCAGUGAACCUCCUUCCCCUGUGAAGGUUUCAGAUAGGACUCCAGAUACCAACACAGAGGCUUCCUCUUUGUUGGUAGAUCACCUCUCAUCUGAACACUUCCCCUUCUCCCCCAGCCCUGCCCCUUCAAGUGAGGUGAACCCACAGGGUGUCAGUAAGGAGCUUUUACUCCUGUCACUGGAUGAGGACAGUGGCUUCCCUCCUCCCUUACAGGGCGGGGAGACUGUGUCACCUGAAACCGGGGACAAAGGUUUAUUCCUGGAACCUGUGACUGAUCUACCCACAGUCAGUAACAGUACCCCUGAAGGUUUACCUGAGAGCAGCUUCUCACACGACGCCAUACCUACUGACUGCGCUAGCGAAUCGCCAGGGGUUCAGGUGGGAUCUGUGCCUUUGCUGGAUCUGGAGGUUCCUGACUGUGACAGCAGCCUCAGCCUCUGCCCUACUCCUCUUGAGUCACCUACCUGCACGGGUGCAUCACCUGCAGAGGAUUCAGAGCAGGAACACACGUUGGCUACUUCAAUCCUGACUAUAUCAGAGCACAGAGGUGAGGGGGACUCGUCCCUCCUUCUGAACUCUUCACCAUCGAUUGAACCCCCGUCGCCAAAGUUCCUUUCCAACAGAGAUGCUUCGGUCCUUGGUCACCUGCCCAGUGGCUGCAGCUCCGAGGAGAAUGGCCCCCAAUAUUUGAUGGAAGACAAAAUUAUUUUUGAUUUGACCAAACAUGAGGGAGAGGAGGAAAUGGCUCUGGAUCAGUGCUUGACCUCAGACGUGCUGCCCGAUGAGGAAACGUGGGACUUGAAACCACCUGAGGCUAUACAGGGUGACAGUGUUCCUGCCUUACAAACUGAACUGCACGAUGGGGAAAGGUUGGCAGACUUGGACCUGUUUGCCGGAACCACAGGUUGUCACAAACGUGAAUGUUUUGAUUGCCCAGUUCUGGAGUUGAAUGGUUUGUCUUCUGACUCUGGAUGGACUAGUGAACAAACAGUAGAGACGCUGUCACUCUCUAAGAUGGUGGGGUCUGACUCCAUGGUCCCCAUAGUGAAUCGGAGAGAGGAAGACCCGUCACCUCUGAAGGCAGUGUUUGACGCUCUGGACCAGGAUGGGGAUGGAUUUGUACGCAUUGAGGAGUUUAUGGAGUUUGCUGCUGCCUAUGGGGCUGACCAGGUGAAGGAUCUGACCAAGUUCCUGGACCCAAGUGGGCUGGGGGUGAUCAGCUUCGAGGACUUCCAUCGAGGAAUCUCGGCCAUCAGCAAUGGAGGGACAGAGCCCCAGCUCUACGAUGUGCACUUCAGCCCAGGGGACGGAGCCGUGGGCUGCUCAGAGGAGUACGAUGAGCAAAACGAGGUGACGGACAGUGCAUACCUGGGCUCGGAGAGCACUUACAGCGAGUGUGAGACGUUCACCGACGAGGACACAGGAGCCCUGGUCCAGCCCGAGAUGCACGAGGAUGUGGAGACGGACAGCGGCAUCGAGGCCACGCUCCACGACCCUGAGGACAGCAGCAACAGGUUCUCCCUAAGCUCUGAGUUGCACAGCCACACCCUCGUGACAGUGAUUGGCGGGGAUGAGGAACAUUUUGAGGACUUUGGGGAGAGCAACACCUCGGAGCUGCUGCUGGACACCACCGAGGAGGGAACUGAGGGAGAGGGGGACUCAUCCCACCUCCAGACCCCCAACCAGAGCAACUGCUCCUCCCUGCUACUCUCUCCCAGCUCCAGCAAGAGGCUGUCCAGCAAGAAAGUAGCACGACACCUCCUCCAGAACAGCUCCAUGACGCUGGACAGCAUGAGUGAGCUGUCCCGGGACAUACUGGACCUGGCUGACACCGACAUCACUGACAAGGUGCUCCUACUGGAGCGUCGCGUGGCGGAGCUGGAGAAGGACUCGGAGGCUAGCGGGGAGCAGCACGCGCGCCUUCGCCAGGAGAACCUGCAGCUGGUGCACCGGGCCAACGCCCUGGAGGAGCAGCUCAAGGAGCAAGAGCUCCGCGCCGAGGACCACCUGCACCAGGAGACCCGCCGCCACAAGGACGCCCUCACCAAGCUGGAGCGGGAGAGGGGCCUGGAGCUGGAGAACCUGCAGGCUAGGCUGCAGCAGCUGGAUGAGGAGAACAGUGAGCUGAAAUCCUGUGUGCCCUGUUACCGCGCCAACAUCGAGAGACUAGAGGAGGAGAAGAGGAAGCUGGAAGACGAGGUGGAGGACGUGACGGAGCGGCUGAACGAGGAGCUGGAAACCCGGAGGAAGACUACCGACAAGCUGACCCACGAGCGCCACCAGAACCAGAAGGAAAAGGAGCACACGCAGGAGCUGAUUGAGGACCUGCGGAAGCAGUUGGAGCACCUGCAGUUGUACAAGCUGGAGGCAGAGGCUAGGAGAGGACGCUCUCCCAGUGCCGGGCUGCAGGAGUACCAGAGCCGCACCCGCGAGGCCGAGUUGGAGCAGGAGAUCCGACGCCUCAAGCAGGACAACCGCAGUCUGAAGGAGCAGAACGAUGAGCUGAACGGCCAGAUUAUCAACCUGAGCAUCCAGGGAGCCAAGAACCUGGUGACGGCCUCCUUCUCCGAGUCGCUGGCUGCCGAGAUCAACUCUGUGUCCCGGGGAGAGUUGAUGGAGGCCAUCCGCAAGCAGGAGGACGUCAACUUCCGACUACAGGACUACAUCGACCGCAUCAUCGUGGCCAUCAUGGAGUCCAACCCCUCCAUGCUGGAAGUCAAGUAGAGGUGUUCGUCUUGGAGUAGGGCAGCCCGGCGGCCUCUCUGCCUCGCUGGACUGCCAUACUAGGAGAGACUGGCUAAACACUUAAAGACUGGCUACUGAGACUGGCCACAGAGAGAGCAAUACCUAUUGGACUAUAUUAGGUGGGGGAAAAGUACUCCAAUUACCGUUAAAGAAGAUUAAAGAAGAUUUAUUUUUUUGUCACUGUUGGUGGCUGUUGUCUAUGAAAAAAUAAGCUACAUGGUUUAAAGUCCCUGGGAUUUGAGCUUUGCUUUGUGUGUGUGUGUCUGUUCCCCCUGUAUACAGUAGGCUUUGGUUCUAAUGACUUCCCUGCAUUUGGGUAGAGGGACCUGAGUUUUCCUUGUGUGUCUGAGGUUGUGUGUGCAAAUGUGUUUUCUCUGAGGAACUCUUGGAAUCCAUGGAAGACCUGGUUAACGUGUCACUGUCCCCUUAAAUAUCUUUUUGGCAAUGAAAUCUUAUGAGCACCAAUGCUAGCAUGAUUCUAAAAUGUAUUGUCCUUGCACUACAUAUCAGCCGAUACCAUCUUUCACCAUGAGCUCAGUAAAUGAUCUCCUGGGGUGUUUGGGAGCGUUCUCCUGUAUCGGACUGAACCGUGUUUAAUCCACGUUUAAACCGUAUGUAGCACUGGACAGGGGACGAGGUCAGAUGAAGUUGACCCUGGCUGCUCUCUUGAACACAGACUUGCGGUGCCACCUACUACAUAAACCGUGUCACGUUUGCAGUGUAAGUCUUUAUCCUGGUUUGACUUUUGACUUGGAUUAUAUUCCCAGUGUGAGUUAACGCAACCCAGGUGAGGGACAGUUCCUGGGGUAGAGGACAAGAAAUGCCCUGAGGGUUAGUGUGUGUGUGUGAGUGCAUGCAUUUGUGUAUGUGUGUUUUACGUUAUUUUGUGUUGCUUGCAAUACUUUGUUUUGAAAAAAGGUUAAACAUGUUUGACUACAAUGGUAGUAACACGAAUGACAUGUUCAUUCUUGUGAGCCUCAAUGUCUCCACAGUGAAGCCGAGUGGCUUAUUGUUUGCUGCAUCUCCGUUUGUUUUUACAAUGAAACAGAGUCCUAGGGGGUCAGGCGGGCUAAAUACUCCAAUACGAGAACACUUCUCCAUCACAUCAAUUCCUUUUAAUGUUAGCUCUGACUUUGAGGUAGUUAAAAACUGACAAAUACUGACAUAAAUGUUGGUCAUACUGACAAGAAAUAAUUGGAUGGUCUAACUUGGAAACUAAAUCAAAUUGAGAGAAAAUGUUGCUAUGUUGUUUUUAUUUGAGCUGAGUGCGCUGGGAAGUGUUGUUCUUUAUAGUGUGACUGACCCACCUGAUCCUUAGUGGACCCUUGCUGAGUGAAAGUGAAAGGGAGCCAGUUUAUCCGGUGGGAAGGACAUGUCUGGUCUGCUUGUAACCAAAAACAUUUACUGGAUAAGUGACUUACUUUCCAUAAAAAUGUUCAGACAGAAAAUGCUGAAUAAUUUGACAUGUCUUAUUGAAGGAAUAGAAUCGGUUCAUUUUUUGGGGGGGGUUUAGACAAAAAAAAGUAUUGUUUGUAUAAAAAAAAAUAGAAAUAAAAGUUAAAAAUUAUUGUGAAGGGAUGUAAUCCUAAUAUGACGAUAUAUUGUUUUAAAACAAUAUGAAUUAAUUAAGAAUGCUGAAUUGAUUUGAAAACUGACCUUUUUCGAAGAGGUUACAUGUUGAUACUCUCUCACAGCUUUUUGAUUUAAAGGAGCAGAACAUGUUUAACACUUAGAUGAAGCAAUAAUGUUCUGAAGAACAGUGGAGAACGAAGAAGAACAGACUUCAUGGACAAACAGACGUCAGCAAACCAACAAAACUCCCUUCUUUACUGUAUGAGCCUCAGUUGACUAAGCACCAAUCUGAAUUUCCGGAACUUUUCGCCACAUUUCUGGACGUAAGCAAGAGGAAAUGAGAAUGGCAGACUAUUAAUACACGUCAUCAGUGCUGCCUAUUCACUAAUGCACUCCCUGAGACUUGAGAUACUGGACAUAUUGAAGGAUAUCACUGUUGCGGACUCUUACUUGCUGGAACUGCUGACAGCUUGUGGUUUGUCCCUGGGUGAAAGGGAUGAACAGCAAUGUAUACUGUACCAACCAACGCAGCUAUACUAAAAAACUAACGCAGUCACCUCCACCACCUAUUAAACUCUUGCUAUAGUAUGUCACCACGCUUUUCUCCUCUUCAGCGCUCCAUGGAAAAUGGCCUUGGAUGUAAACGACUUGUACAUGUCAUUUUUUCAAACCUUUAGAUUCUAGGUAUUUUUAUAGUUGAGGGGGGAAAAAAUUGAAUUUCUCUUCAUUUUCUUUUUGGUCUUCUGCUGAAAAAUAUGAUCCUCCCCCAUGGGAGGGUCUUGUGUAUGCCGCUCUAGCAUGUAGCCCGUACACGUCAAUUUCUCCCUUCUGUGAAUCACAACCAGAUAUUUAUUCUACAUUUCACUUUGCAGUCUCUGCCCUGUUGUUUCUCUCUAAUAGCAGUUGUUUUUGAGGGAAAAGUUUGUAAAUAGUUUUGGAAUCUAUGGAUUCUCAAGGGAAACUGGCAUUCAGUGGAUUUAAUUGUUGAAUGCUACUCGAGGGGAAAUUGUUGAUUUGAGAAAAAUAUUUGAUUAUUUUAGAUUGAAAUAUAUAUCUUGUACUCAAGGUAGCAUACAGUACAUUUCAAAAGUGUUGCAUUGAGCACCCAUUGAAUUGACAACACUGGCGUGCUUCAGUCUCGUCUGACCACUUCAAAAUGUCUGUUUAUGGUGAGGUCAUUCCACUUCAACCCAACUCAAGUGUGAUCCACUGUAAUGCUGAGGUUGCAGACAGUGGCCUCUUAAAGGGCAUUGUCAUUGUAGUCAACGUCAGUGACACAUGCCACCUCUGUUAUCGCCCCAGCUGAGAACAGGCACGGCACAGAACUACUGAUCACUAUUGUAUAUCACUUCCUGAAUCUUUAAAACCGAUCAUUCGGUUCACUGAUCCAUAUCAUAUGGAGGUCAGUGGAGUUGCACUGCGCCUGAUGCCUCGGGACAGAUAGUGAGGCCUCAGAAAGCCAGCCCACAGAGGGCUGAACUGUCUGAGUGGUUCAAGUCAUUCUGCCUUUGAGUGUAAUAGGUUGCUUUCCCCAGCAGAUAUGAGGCUCAAGAGGCUUCAACCAAUCAUUUACUACUACAGUACCCAGCAGCCAGUGGUGCAUUACUAGGAGGAAACCGUAAGACAUAUCUUCCCCUAUCUUACAUGGAUACAGCAGCAGGAUUACCCUAUUUUCUUUUUAUUCCUUGUUUAUUUUUUAUUUCAGACUGUCUACUGUAGUUUAGACAGCUAGUUGUGAGACUUACACUAGCAUGAUUGCUAGCUGACUGAUUAGACUUAGACUAAGAGUCCUGUCCAGACAUUAAACUUGAUUCAAUGGGAUUCUCUAAUGCACUUUAAACACGUUCCAAUUUCUUUUUAACCACAUCAUUUUAAAACUGACCAAAGAACCGAAGUUUUACUUCUCACUGACCAUUUUAACUAUCGGCUCACAAUCUCUUCUUUGCUGAAAUUUGAAAACGUUAUCAUCAGAAAAGUAAUUCAGUAUCAUUGCUGAGUCCAACUCUGCCCUGAAAAACAGGCCUGCUAGUCUUAACACUGUGCCUCACUCUCAUAAUUUCCCCUCUUACUAACCUGAUGACGAGCCCUUGGAAAGGACUGACCGUAUGUGACUGUCAGUUUGUUAAAUUAUAAUUAUAAAAAACUUAAAUGUGUAUAUAAAAUGGAAUGUGAAUUUUUUGCUCUCACACUAGCUUCCAAUGUCCAAAGAAAGUUUUGCUCAAGGCACAAACAUCACUACUAUAGUAGUGCAUGGCUUGCCAUUUAAAAUGAAUGGGAAGGGAAAAAAGAGAACAUUGUAGAAACAAGACUUGUACAACUGAAGUUUAUUCUUAUUCUGAAGGAUAAUGUAUUGUUUACUGCUCUAUGUUUUUCUUUGAAGAUCUGAAUGAUGUAAUCCUUGUUCUUGGGGAAUUAUAAUUUCAAGUCAUUGUAAAAAGGUCAAAGAAAACAAUGAAGUAAGAUUAGAAAAUAAAUCAAAUAAUAAAAUGA